UCCUGUUGUGUGGCUUGCUGCUGAUCCUGCGACUGAAGUCCAACACCCGACUCUGAAGAGUCAGCAGCUUCCUUCUUCUCGUUGCCUUUCAUCGGCAUGGAUACUUGGCGGAGAGGGUCCAUCAAGUCCACAACGUUCUUCAGACGUUUCUCACUCAGGAGACACAAAAAGCUGGGCAACCAAGUCAUCAUCUUGAAUCAGAACAGCCACACUCUGGACAGUGAUGGACAGUGCCAGAAGAGGGAAUGCUUGAGGGAUCUGAAGGACAAGUCUGAUUACCUGUCAUGUCAGAGUGAGCAAAACCUAGCCAAGGCACAAGCACCUCCCAAGCCUCCCCGGCUGUACCUGGACAGUUCUAGCUGCCCUAACAUCAUCGAUCACACAGAUUCUCACUCUGACAUCUCCUUCUCUGGUGCUACUCAUCAAUACCACAAAGCCACUCAAACUCAGUUCCACAAGGACCAGGCUACAGACCGCGGCACCUCAGAGACAGGUUCCCAGAAUGGCACCACUCUUUCUGACCUGUCUGAUCCCUUCCUGUCCUUCAAAGUGGAUUUGGGGCUAUCACUUCUCGAGGAUGUUCUGCAGACCCUCAGGAAACAGAAUCCAAGAGAUUACGCCAUUUGAAGGUAUUUAUCAUUUAACAUAUCACAUUUACUUACUGCUGCUGCCAGUUUCUCUAGUCCUAGCGUGAGGAAGGACACUGCAGCAUUCCUGUUGUGUGUGGCCUGUUUUGUUGUUCUCACCUUACCCACCACCGACUGUCCUUGUCCUUGCCAAGGAGUCCUUCGGAGCAGAGCUCACAGGCUCCGUGCUCAGAUGAGAGCACUGUCUGCUGGAACCUCGUGGGCAAGUUUCCAUUCUCCACACUGGGAAUUUCCCACUCUUGACUGUGCAUCUCCUCCUCAUGGAAGAAUGGCACUGUUUGGCAAGAGACUUGUUAUUUUGGGGAUGUGGCUGUGACACUGCGGAGCACGGACAGAAAGGGAAAUGGCAUACAUCAUUUGUGGAUAAGCAGGCAGCUUGCAAGGAGACAGUAGCAUUGCAUCUCAAAGCCAUAGCUAUGGCAAGGGUCAAGAGACAGAAACUCGUGUUUCUUCUCCCACCAUGUUUGGAUGUGAAAAAUCAAAGCCGUUCCUCCUUUUUUCUUGUGGGUUUCUUUUCCCUUAACUCAAGUGCAGUUGGCACUCCCAGCCUGGAAACAGGUAAGCAUCCGUGUAGGCUCGUAAUACAGCAACAGCAGUUUAUUUAUCCUACUAGCAGGAGAAGAAAUUUCUCUAGAUACUGCUGCUUGAAGCAUGCACUGAUCUAUCAGCUGUACAGAUAUGGAAGAAUAAAUGUAUCUGUG